UUUUUUGUCCCGAGAAAACUAUACCUGAUUUGCCACCAAACCCUACUCUAUAUCUCUUUCAGACACACUUUACUUUCUCUCUCCUCUCUAAACAAAAAUGGCGUCUUCACUUCGAUGCCCAAGUCCUACUAACUUCACCCAGUUCUCUGUUACCCCUUCCAACCCUUUUCUUAAUCUCUCUCCUCGCAAACUUCCUGUCAGAAAUCCCAUUAAAUGUAAUUUAGCUGAGCAAUUGAAGGUGUUAGAAAAUGGGAAACCUCCCUCUUCCAAUUCUGGUUUAAUUGGAAUGGAGCAAUCAUUCCCAUCUUUUCUGACUUCUAAGAAUUUGGAAAGUUCUAUCAAUCGGAAUGAUACCCGUCUUCGGAUUUUCUCAGGUACCGCCAAUCCUGCUCUUGCUCAGGAAAUUGCAUGUUACAUGGGUCUCCAGCUUGGGAAGAUAAAGAUCAAACGUUUUGCUGAUGGUGAGAUUUAUGUUCAGUUGCAAGAGAGUGUCAGAGGUUGUGAUGUUUUUCUUGUCCAACCCACAUGUCCACCUGCAAAUGAGAACCUUAUGGAACUUUUAAUAAUGAUUGAUGCUUGCCGGAGAGCAUCAGCCAAAAAUAUCACUGCAGUUAUUCCUUAUUUUGGAUACGCAAGAGCUGAUCGAAAGACACAAGGACGUGAAUCUAUAGCAGCCAAACUUGUUGCCAACCUGAUAACAGAGGCCGGUGCCAACCGAGUUCUUGCUUGUGAUCUUCAUUCUGGACAGUCAAUGGGAUAUUUUGAUAUACCCGUGGAUCAUGUAUAUGGUCAGCCUGUGAUUCUUGACUACUUGGCAAGCAAGACCAUUUGUUCGGAUGAUCUUGUUGUUGUUUCACCAGAUGUUGGUGGAGUCGCCAGAGCUCGUGCUUUUGCAAAGAAGUUAUCCGAUGCACCACUUGCCAUAGUGGACAAGAGGCGUCAUGGACACAAUGUUGCAGAGGUAAUGAAUUUGAUUGGUGAUGUCAAGGGUAAAGUAGCAGUUAUGGUGGAUGAUAUGAUUGACACAGCUGGUACAAUUGCUAAAGGAGCUGCUCUCUUGCACCAAGAAGGAGCAAGGGAAGUCUAUGCAUGUAGUACGCAUGCUGUCUUCAGUCCCCCUGCAAUUGAGAGGUUAUCCAGUGGUUUGUUUCAAGAAGUAAUCAUCACAAAUACGAUUCCGAUCUUGGAGAAAAAUUACUUUCCUCAGCUUACAGUUUUGUCAGUCGCAAACCUUUUGGGCGAGACUAUUUGGCGCGUUCAUGAUGACUGUUCUGUCGGAUUUGAACCUUACUCAAGCUUGGGGCUUGAUUGAUGCAAUGUUGGAAAUUUUGUGCUCUCGCCUUCUCACAACCAAAAGACUGCCAAUGUAGUGUCGUAUGCUAAACUUGGUUUACCGAGCAUUCAAGGACCCCUUUCUCUGUCGCCCAUUGCCUUAAGUGUUGUGCAUUUGUAGAGAUUAUGAUGUGACGAUGAUUACUUGUUCUCCAAGUAAUGUAAGAUGUCCUGUCACACGAACUUUCCAAAAGAAACAAAAUGUACUAGUGAAUUACCCCCUGCCCCCCUUAAUCUGGUGACGCAAUGUUUGGUUAGUUGUGUAGAAAAUUUUCCCAUAACAUUCUCUUUGGAUUUUUGUAUAUAUCUUGGAUUUUUUAGAGCACAACCCACAGGGUACUGCAUGUAUACGUGUAAUUUAGUACAGUUGGCAGCUGUAUUUGUUGUCUUGGUGAUAAGCUGAUGAUAUUGGCAGUAUUCUUUUAUGUGGCUAAUUGUUAUGUGAGAUUGAUUUAUCAUGGAA